CUCCAUCUUCUUUCUGCUGCUUGAGUGCUUUGGUUACAAUGUUGGCGUGGGUGGAGCUCUCACCGUUGGCGAUUCUCAAUGGGAAUUUACUGGUUUUAUUGACAUCUACCAUGGCUUAGAGACAGUCCUAAAGUCUUUCAAUGCUUUAAAGGCACACAGGAGAAGGUUUGCUUGGAGGAGAGAGCCGCGCAAGGAAACAAAAUAUGAAGGGCCGUACUCUCUCUCCUCCUGCAAGUUUGGUCCGAAACGGCGUAUAAAGAAUUACUAUCGUGGGCCUUCGGCCCGUUAAAGGCCUGUCGAGGGAAGGGACGAGGAUGAUUCUGGUAACCUCACCGUCAGUGACAUACCUACGUCACUCCGUCCACAACGCUCACACAAAAUCGUUACAAAUCCGAUGCCAAUUUCGCCGGAGUAGCCAAAUCCCCACCGUCGAUCUAUGCAAUCCACGACAGACAAUGAACGGCUUCCAAAUACGAACACGAGACAGAUCCACUUUAUGCUUGGCUCGCCGGAAACAGGAGGCGGCAACAGUUGAGGUUGAAGAUGAUCCUCUCCAGAGCAUCCUUCGGUAUCUACUGUGGACAGCUGAAGCCGUGUACAUACUAUGGCUCUUCCUUCUUCCUUAUGCUCCCGGCGAUCCAGUUUGGGCGAUUACUUCAGAGACGGUGAACUCUCUCUUGGGACUUUCGUUGAACUUCUUCUUUAUCUUGCCUCUCACAAACUCAGUUGGUAUUCAUGUCCUAGAAGCUCCUGUUCUUCAUCCUAUGGCUGAAGGGUUAUUCAACUUUGUAAUAGCUUGGACACUCAUGUUUGCUCCAUUGCUAUACACAGACCGAAAGAGAGAUCGAUUCAAAAGCUCUCUUGACGUCUUAUGGGGUCUCAUGAUGUUCCUCACAAACACGUUUCUGAUCCCAUACAUGGCCAUACGUCUCAAUGACGCUGACCCAGAUGAUAAACCGAGCAAAAGGUCUCAACUUGGCGAAGCAAUGACCAAAGGUGCGUCGGUAGUUGGUCUCACCGGUGUUACGGUGUGUCUGAUAUCGACACUGUGGUCUCUCUACGGCCGAGCAGAUGGAGGUUUCGGUGGAAUAAUGGAGAGAUGGCAGUAUCUGACUGGUUAUUUGGGAUCGGAGAGACUAGCUUACGCUUUUAUAUGGGAUAUAUGUCUAUACACAGUUUUUCAGCCAUGGUUGAUUGGAGAGAACCUUCAAAAUGUGAAGAAGAGUAAGGUUGAGAUAGUGAGUUAUCUUAGGUUUGUUCCUGUUCUUGGUUUGCUUGCAUAUCUUCUGUUUCUCAAUCUUGACGAUGAAGAUUAAAAUUAGUUAAAUAACUGUCAGGGUACAUGUUUAUGUAUGUAUAAAUAUUUAUUUAGUCAACGUACUUUAUCAAGUUUAUUAUCCCUCUAUAUUAUAUUAUGGAAAGUUGGAAAAGUUUGUAAUCCCAUUAUUUUGAAAAGAAAAUCUUAUAUUUGUAUUGA